AUGUGUGGGACUACCUUAAAUCUCUCAGCAUUUUUCAGUGCUGUAAGGGGCAAGUUUCAAUGCCCAGCUGAUGGAGGAUUCCCCCAUGAGACAGACUGCACCCACUUUUACAACUGUUGGGAAGGUGAAGCCACAGAAUGGACUUGCGAGGAUGGUCUCUGGUUUGAUUCCUGGAUGGAAGGCUGUGUUCAUCCAAUACGUUCAGAUUGCAAAGCUGAUGAGUAUAACAAUGCAAGGUGUAGAAUGGAACCCAAUGACUUUGACGAGGGACAGCAGAUAUUUGGUGACGUCUUUUUCAGACAGAAUCUACCUGGCGGAAACACUGACAUUUACGUUGAACUCUGGGGAUUUGAUAGAAAUAAUGAUGAGGUAUCACACAGAAUGCAGAUCCAUACAGAAGGGAGUAUAGAGGGCGGUUGUGCUGAUACUGGUGGCCAUUUCAUUCCUACGUCAAGCAAUCACGAUUCCCCUGUGUCUGAUGAUAGACACGUGGGAGAUCUUGGGAACAUAGAGGAGGACACAACAGGAAGUGUUGUCAUGGUAAUGGUAGAUGACAAGAUCAGUUUACUUCCUGCCAACCCUAACUACAUCAUUGGUCGCUCUAUAGUUGUCCAUGAAACAUAUGGCGAUUAUGGCAAGGGAAAUGGCACAAGACUUGCUUGUUGUGUUAUUGAAUCUGGUGACUUUGAGUUGUAA